ACAACAUUUACAAAUCUUUUGUUCUUUAUUCGCUCAGCAAACUUGUCUACUUAACAAGCCUCCCAAAUCUCACACAAUUUUAUUCAGAGUAAUCGCAUCUGAGAUUUACAGAAAACACACAAAAUCAUUUAAAAGAGGAAGAAGAAGAAGAGAUGGAUAAUAACAACAAUCAGCAAUCGUUUUGGCAGUUCAGCGAUCAAUUGAGAGUCCAGACGCCUCAUAAUCUCUCCUUAAACGACUCCAUCUGGAGCACCAACUCCGUCUACAAACACACCGACAACCGUAGAAACUUCGACAUCUCCUCCCUCUCCGACAAAAACCCUAUCGAAUAUCCCAACAACAACAACAACAAGGCUUCUUCCGACAUCAACAACAACAACAACGCUGCUAGCUGGAACACCUGGAAGUCGAGCUCCAACGGUUUCGGACCAGUGGGCUCAAAGUCAACACCCAACAACGUCAACUUCAACCAGACGGGCAAAUUCAACAGCAACCCUUUCAACGACACGUGGAAUGUCAACGGAGAUUUCAACAAGGGCAUCUAUUCCUCCCCUGCGCCCAAGAGCUAUGGCUUCAACUUGAAGAACAAAGGGAUCAUCGAAGACAACGAUCAUCAGAUCCAGAAAGCAACAGGAGGGAAGAAGAACAGGAAGAAUCACAAUCAUCAGAAGAACAACAAGGAAGAUGACAAGAACAACAACAAUUUGGACAAGAGGUUUAAGACUCUUCCUCCCGCUGAGGCUCUUCCAAGGAACGAGACCAUCGGUGGUUACAUCUUCGUCUGCAACAACGACACCAUGGAGGAGAAUCUCAAGCGCCAGCUUUUUGGUUUGCCUCCCAGGUACAGGGACUCCGUCAGAGCCAUCACUCCUGGACUUCCUCUCUUCCUCUACAACUACUCCACUCACCAGCUUCAUGGUAUUUACGAGGCCGCGAGCUUUGGAGGAACCAACAUUGAGCUGAGUGCUUUUGAAGACAAGAAAUGUCCUGGCGAAUCUCGUUUCCCUGCUCAGGUUAGGGCCAUCACCAGGAAGGUCUGUUUGCCACUGGAGGAAGACUCGUUCAGGCCCAUUCUGCAUCACUACGACGGCCCUAAAUUCCGCCUUGAACUCAGCGUCCCUGAGGUGCUUUCUCUUUUGGACAUUUUUGCUGAGCAAAACCCUUGAAUUUGUUGGGCUGGGAUAAAAACAUGAAGACACACUAAAGUUUCCUUUAUCAUAUCCAAAAGAGAGAGAGAGAGGGAUAUCAUCCUAUAUAUGAUGAGUAUUCUUAGUAAUUGUCUCAAGAAAAUGGUACUAGUUUAUACAGUUUUCGGGUUUACGUUUCUAAAAUAUUUUACAAGAGAAAGGAAGUGUUAAAUUAGAUAGAAGAUGUGCUAUAUUUCCGUGGGUGAGGUGGGGAUAUGAACAGAGCGAUCAUAUCUUCUUUCACUUGUGUGUUUUGUAAAGUAAAUAAAGUUUCAUGUGUACACCCAAAACUGGCCUAAAUGAGAAUGAACUUGAUCCAUUUAUGUAUUACCUAUUUGUUGCCUCUUGUUGCUCUUCUCUUGUCAUUUAUACUAUUCAUAGCUAUUUGCGUUUUGGCUAAGAACAAAUGAAUAAUGAAUUAAUUUGUUAGUUCUUUAUACAUUUUGUGUACUCUCUCUGUUAUCAAUUGAAUCCAAC